UUCCUGGCCGUGCUCGUGGCCCCCCUGCGCCUGCUGAGGGGGGGGUCCCCCUCCUGGAGACCCCACGACCCCGUCACCUUCUGGGGGGGUGCGGUGGCUCCUCUUCCGCCUCAUGUUCGCCUCGGGGUCCGGGGGGCUGGGCCGCCCCUGCCCUGAGCCCCCCGUGCCCCCAGCGCUGACGUACCACUACGAGACGCAGUGCAUCCCCACGCCGGGGGCCUGGCUCGCCCACCAGCUGCCCGUGUGGUUCCAGAAGCUCAGCGUGGUGGCCACCUACGUCAUCGAGGUGGCCGUGCCCGUGCUCUUCUUCGCGCCCCUGCGCCGCCUGCGCCUCUUCGCCUUCUACUGCCAGGUCCUGCUGCAGGUGCUCAUCAUCCUCACGGGUAACUACAACUUCUUCAACGCGCUCACCAUCGUCCUGGCCUUCUCCCUGCUGGACGAGGAGCACGUGGGGCGCUGGCUGGGGCGCCCCAAGAAGCGGCAGGGCAGCGCCUGGCCCCCCAGCCUGGGCUCUGUGCUGGCCACGCUGCUGGAGCUCAACACCUACGGGCUCCUGCUCUACUGGACCGUGCAGUACUUCGGCCUGGAGAUCAACUGGGACAAGAAGCUGCUGGACUCCAAAGUGGCCUUCACCUACCACGAGUUCACGACGUGGCUGCGGACGGUGACGCUGCCGCUGGUGGGGGUGGCCUUCCUGUCCCUGUCCUGGGAGAUCCUGCUCGCCAUGUACCGCUGUGCCUGUGUCCGUGGAUGCUUCUGGAAGCUCUGGGCCACCCUCCAGUGGGCCAUCAUGGCCACGGCCACCGUCAGCUUGUUCGCCGUCAGCCUGGUGCCCUUCACCUACAUUGAGCACGAGUCCAACGGGAAGCUGUGGCCUGGCAUCCACCGGCUGUUCGGGGCGGUGGAGCGGUUCCAGGUGGUGAAUUCCUACGGGCUGUUCCGCAGGAUGACGGGGGUCGGGGGGCGGCCCGAGGUGGUGCUGGAGGGCAGCUACGAUGGGCACAGCUGGACGGAGAUCGAGUUCAUGUACAAGCCCGGGAAUGUGAGCGUGGCCCCGGCCAUGGUGGCCCCGCACCAGCCCCGCCUGGACUGGCAGCUGUGGUUCGCUGCCCUGGGGCACCACCACAGCAGCCCCUGGUUCAGCGCCCUGGUGCUGCGGCUGCUGCAGGGCCAGCGUGACGUGAUCCGGCUGGUGCAGGUGGACGAGUCCCGGUACCCGUUCAGCGCCCGCCCGCCCACCUUCCUGCGGGCCCAGCUCUACAAGUACUGGUUCACGGGCCCCUCGGAGGGCAGCCCGGGCCCGGCGCCGUGGUGGAGGCGGCAGCACGUCCAGGAGUUCUUCCCCACUGUGUCCUUGGGAGACCCCACGCUGGAGAGCCUGCUCAGCCAGCACGGCCUCAAGGACAAGCCCCCCGUGCGGCGCCGGUCGGAGGCGGCCCUGCCGUGGCUCCUGGGCUGGGUUCGGGGCCUGGCCCGGCCCUUCUCGGGCCCCGCCGUGCUCUGGACCCUCUACCUGGUGGCCGCCACCGUGGGGGUGCUGCGGGCCCUGGGCCCCCGGGCACGGGGGGGGCCCCCCCCCCCGCCCGCCACAAGGCCCGGGGGGAGCGGGGGGAGCGCAAUGGGGUGCGGGGAGAGGGGCGGGGCCGGGCGGGGGGCGAGGGCCACGGGGAGGGGCGGCCCGGCCCCAAGAAGAAGAAGUAGCACCCGCAGCCCCCCGCCCGUGUGCCAGCCCCGGGGGGGGGGGCCCUGGGGGGGGGGGUGUCAGUGGGGCCCCACCCCGGGGGGCUCCCGGUGUUCCCCCUGCCAGUGCCUUCAGCACGGUGUGGCCAUGCAGGGGGACCCUCCCCACUGCCUUGGGGACCCCUCCCCACUGCCCAGGGACCCCUUGGGGACCCCUCCCUGCGGCCUGGGGACUGCUGGGGACCCCUCCCCACUGCCCAGGGACCCCUUGGGGACCCCUCCCCACUGCCCAGGGACCCCUUGGGGACCCCUCCCUGCGGCCUGGGGAGCGCUGGGGACCCCUCCCCACUGCCCGGGGACCCCUCCAGGCCCCACGAGGGCAGGGGUGUUCGAUGCAGCUGGGGGUGCUCAGCACAGAUGGGGGGCUCCUUGCCAGCAGGAUGGAGCAGCUUGGGCAGUGCCAACCCUCCUCUCACCCUGCCCAACCCCUCAGGUGCCCCCCGGGCAGUUUUGGGGUGGCUGCCCCCCGUGCCCCCCACCCCGGUGGGCUCUACCCAUCCCGCGCUUCCCCCCCCCAGCUCAGCCCCAAACUCAGAGGUCCAGAGGUUUCCUAUAAUUUUCUAAAUAAAGCCUUUGACAUUCCAG